AUGGGCAGUACUAACUCCAGACAAAGCACUCUCAGCAGAGACCAGCAAAAGGCUGACAGCUUGAGUACAGGUCUAGGAGACUCCAAGCCAACUAAUGAACUGUGCGGCCUCUCUGCUGGAAUUGGAGAGCCCACAAGCAGGGCUUCAGGAGUUUGCAGCAGUAAUGAGACUACUGAGGCUGCUUUCUGUAAGUUCAUGAUCCGUGCUGACAAUGAUGCAGAUGAAGCCAUCCAGGUCCAGAACUUGCUGCAGAAUAAAUUUGGUGUUAAAUCUGGAAUAAUCUUUGCAGCAAUGCCUUGUAGCAAGUAGGUCUUGGAAAACUUAAGUGAUGCUGUGAAUUGCUCAGCAUGGGCUAUUAUGCUAUCGACAAAUUUUCUGAAUGGAUCUUGGCAUGUGUUUCAGUCUUUUGCCUCCUUUGUCAAUGCUCUUAAUAGCAUAAAUUACAACUCUGGGGUACCUGUGAGGCCACUGAGUAACGCACUUGCCCAGGAGAAGGCUUUUUGUUUUGUUUUGCAGGCUGUUAAUGCACUGUAAGAGGAUAGUUCUGGCUUUGAAAAACAAGUGGAGAAAAUUUUCCAUGAGUAUACAUACAGGCAACAGUCAGAGACACGGAGGGCGGAAAGGAUGAAACAGAAACUAGAGCACUUGUCAUGGUGA